GAAAUCGAAACUAUGGGUGAUUAUACUUUGGCACGCACUCAUUCCUUGAUGUCACUUCGACCUCGUACUGCAGUUUUGGUUACAAGAACAAAAUCUUAUCCAAAUUUGACAAGCUAUAUCGCAGUUUCCAGCAAAUAUAAACCACAGUGGCCUUAUCGCUAUUAUAAGGACUGGGAUUUAUAUGAUGAUUAUUGGUACGAUCGAUAUUACUACUUUAGUCCACUUUACAAAAGUACGUUAGCACCACGUCGAUAUUAUUACAGUGAUUAUUUGCCAAAUCCAUAUUAUUGGAGUUGGCCAUACAGUUAUUGGACCCGUUACAAAGGAUAUUGGUACGAUUACGAUUAUCCAUCGUUUUUCCGCAGAUAUUAUCUUGAUGGAUAUCCUCGUUAUACUUAUGGGCCUUAUUAUUCAAAUUUGGCGGAUACUUUAACUACUUCACUCCAACGAGGUUUAUCUUUAUAUCGCUCCGGGCUUAUACCAUAUUCUGCAUUCGAUCGAUACUGGUUAACACCGUCUUAUUGGGAUCGCCGUUUCAAGGUUUGUUGA